AUGGAUCAGCAUCCAAUCAAUUGCUUUAUUAUCCAUAUCAUUUUAAAUUUGAUUCUUGUUGCUGGUUACGUAAAUAACCGAGUUCAAAAAUUUUCAUUCAUCUGCUUGAAUGCAACAAGUACAACAAUUUCAGUUGGAGCAAUACGUUUAUCAAAUUCAUCAUCAAUGACAACAACAAAUCGCAUAUCAUCUAUUAUCCGCUGGUUAUAA